AUGCACCCGUUGCCUAGAAAUAGACGAUAUUUUGGAAGAUGUGGAUUCUGUGGUGACCGUGAAUACGUUUUAACAGAAGAACCUGUAAAAAAAUUGAUUGAUAUAGCCCUGACUCCAAGAACCCGAUUUGCCAAAGUUAUAUGCAUCGCUCACAAUCCACAAGGUUUCGAUACCCAAUUUAUAUUUAAACACAUUGUUGAACUAUACACUGAUAGACCUGCAACACCAUCUGUAAUAAUGAAUGGCUCGAAAAUAAUUUUGAUGGAGAUUAUGGAUGUUAAGUUUAUUGAUAGUCUAAAUUACUUUCAUAUGCCUUUCAACAGUUUACCAAACGCAUAUGGGUUACCAGAAUUAGAAAAAGAUGUUUUUCCUUAUCUUUUUAAUAUACCUGAAAACCAAAACUACAUCGGACCGGUACCAUCUUUAGAGUCUUAUGCACCUGACACAAUGAGUAUAAAUCAAAUGAGUAAAUUCUUAGAAUGGUACAACGAGCAAACGUUAAACAAUUACAUUUUUACAAUACAACAAUUACUUUCAAAACGAAAUUGUGAAGUAUUGUAA